AUGGCGCAGGGCGACUCGGAGAGGGUGCGCGAGGCGCAGAAGCUGGCCAAGUCGGACCCGCGCAAGGCAGAGGGUAUCUACAAAGAGAUCAUCUCAAAGCCGCCAUCCGUGACGUCCGACGCGGCCGUCAAGGAAUAUGAGGCUGCCCUUAUUAACUUGGGAGAGCUCUACCGCGACCAGAAGAACACAGAUGAGCUCGCGGGCCUGGUAACGAAGAGUAGGACAGUGUUGUCCUCAUUCGCAAAGGCAAAAACAGCCAAGCUGAUCCGCCAGCUCCUCGACCUUUUCGACGCCAUCCCCAACUCCCUCGAUAUACAAAUCUCAGUUACAAAAUCAUGCAUAGAAUGGGCCACUUCAGAGCGACGGAGCUUCCUUCGCCAGAAUCUCGAGACGCGCCUCGUCACCCUCUACAUGGCCAAGCAAUCAUACUACGAUGCCCUUACCCUGAUUAACGGAUUGCUGCGUGAGCUCAAGCGUAUGGACGACAAGCUGGUGCUAGUGGAAGUGCAGCUUCUCGAGUCCCGAGUGUACCAUGCCCUCGGAAACAUCUCCAAGGGACGCGCCGCCCUCACUAGCGCCCGCACCUCUGCCGCCUCGGUCUACACCCCCCCCCUCUUGCAAGCUAACCUCGACAUGCAGUCCGGGAUGCUGCACGCCGAGGACAAGGACUUCCAGACGGCUUACAGUUACUUCAUCGAGGCGCUUGACGGGUACCACUCGCAGGACGAGCCGGCACGCGCGCAGGCGGCGCUGCAGUACAUGCUGCUGUGCAAGAUCAUGCUCAACUUGGCCGACGACGUUAACCAGCUGAUGACGUCCAAGCAAGCGCUCAAGUACGCGGGCCAGUCGCUCGAGGCCAUGAAGGCGAUCGCGCGGGCACACUCGAACCGGUCGCUCGAGGAGUACGAGCGUGCGCUGUCCGCCUACAAGUACGAGCUGGGCAGCGACGCCUUCGUCCGCAACCACCUGCGCCGGCUGUACGACGCCAUGUUGGAGCAGAACCUGAUCAAGGUGAUCGAGCCCUUCAGCCGCGUCGAGAUCAACCAUAUCGCCAAGAUGGUCGGGCUAGAUACCCAGCAAGUCGAGCGCAAGUUAUCGCAAAUGAUCCUCGACAAGGUGAUCAUUGGCGUGCUUGACCAGGGUGCCGGCUGCCUGAUCAUCUUCGACGAGACCCAUCGGGACGAGUCGUACGAUGCGGCGCUGUCGACAAUCGAGAAGCUGAGCAACGUGGUGGACGUGCUCUACACGAAUCAGGCGUCCAUGUUGGAGUGA